CCGCCCUGCGACGCGACGUGGCCCCGCCCCGCGCUGGACCGCGGAGGAGCCGUACCUGAGCACCCGAAGAGGACGGGGAUCCCCGCGACCCCUCCUCGGCUGCCGGCUCCCGCUCGCGCCCCCAAGACCAUGGCGGCUGCGACGCUGUCGAUGUCCGGGCGCAAGGCGCCCCCCAGGCCGGGCCCGGUGCCGGAAGCCGCGCAGUCCUUCCUGUAUGCGCCGCGCUCCCCGGGUGCGGGCCCCGGCGCGGGCGCCCCGCAGGUGGAGUGGACGGCACGGCGCCUGGUGUGGGUGCCCUCGGAGCUGCACGGCUUCGAGGCGGCCGUGCUGCGCCACGAGGGCGAAGAGGAGGCCGAGGUGGAGCUGGCGGAGAGCGGGCGGCGGCUGCGGCUGCCGCGGGACCAGAUCCAGCGCAUGAACCCCCCCAAGUUCAGCAAGGCCGAGGACAUGGCCGAGCUCACCUGCCUGAACGAGGCCUCGGUGCUGCACAACCUGCGCGAGCGCUACUACUCCGGCCUCAUCUACACCUACUCCGGCCUGUUCUGUGUGGUCAUCAACCCCUACAAGCAGCUGCCCAUCUACACAGAGGCCAUCGUGGAGAUGUACCGGGGUAAGAAGCGGCACGAGGUGCCACCCCAUGUGUACGCAGUGACCGAGGGGGCCUACAGGAGCAUGCUGCAAGACCGUGAGGAUCAGUCCAUCCUCUGCACGGGGGAGUCAGGAGCCGGGAAGACAGAAAACACCAAGAAGGUCAUCCAGUACCUGGCGCACGUGGCAUCGUCCCCAAAGGGCAGGAAGGAGCCAGGCGUCCCCGCCUCCGCCAGCAACAUGUCUUACGGGGAGCUGGAGCGGCAGCUUCUCCAGGCCAACCCGGUCCUGGAGGCCUUCGGCAACGCCAAGACGGUCAAGAACGACAACUCCUCCCGCUUCGGCAAAUUCAUCCGCAUCAAUUUUGAUGUUGCCGGCUACAUCGUGGGCGCUAACAUCGAGACCUAUCUUCUGGAGAAGUCCCGCGCCAUCCGCCAGGCCAAGGACGAGUGCAGCUUCCACAUCUUCUACCAGCUGCUGGGGGGCGCCGGAGAGCAGCUCAAGGCCGACCUCCUCCUGGAGCCCUCCUCCCACUACCGCUUCCUGACCAAUGGGCUGGCGUCCACCCCCAGCCAGGAGCGGGAGCUGUUCCAGGAGACGCUGGAGUCCCUGCGGGUGCUGGGCUUCACCCCGGAGGAGAUCACCUCCAUGCUGCGGAUGGUGUCCGCCGUGCUGCAGUUCGGCAACGUGAUCCUCAAGAGUGAGCGCAACACAGACCAGGCGACCAUGCCGGACAACACAGCUGCCCAGAAGCUCUGCCGCCUCCUGGGGCUAGGGGUGACCGACUUCUCCCGAGCCCUGCUCACACCCCGCAUCAAGGUUGGCCGAGAUUACGUGCAGAAAGCCCAGACCAAGGAGCAGGCUGACUUCGCGCUGGAGGCUCUGGCCAAGGCCACCUACGAGCGCCUCUUCCGCUGGCUGGUCCUGCGCCUCAACCGUGCUCUGGACCGCAGUCCCCGCCAGGGCGCCUCCUUCCUGGGCAUCCUGGACAUCGCCGGCUUCGAGAUCUUCCAGCUCAACUCCUUCGAGCAGCUGUGCAUCAACUACACCAACGAGAAGCUGCAGCAGCUGUUCAACCACACCAUGUUCGUGCUGGAGCAGGAGGAGUACCAGCGCGAGGGCAUCCCCUGGACCUUCCUGGACUUCGGCCUCGAUCUGCAGCCUUGCAUUGACCUCAUCGAGCGCCCGGCCAACCCACCCGGGCUUCUGGCCCUCCUGGAUGAAGAGUGCUGGUUCCCCAAGGCCACGGACAAAUCAUUCGUGGAGAAAGUGGCCCAGGAGCAGGGCAGUCACCCCAAGUUCCAGCGCCCCAGGCACCUGCGGGACCAGGCCGACUUCAGCGUCCUGCACUACGCGGGCAAGGUCGACUACAAGGCCAAUGAGUGGCUGAUGAAAAACAUGGACCCUCUGAAUGACAACGUGGCAGCCUUGCUGCACCAGAGCACAGACCGGCUGACAGCUGAAAUCUGGAAAGAUGGACACGGGGAGCUCCCGCAGGCCUCUUUCCUGGGCUCCUUUCCUGCGCUGUCCCCUGGAUCCCCAGGGAGGUGCUGCUCUGCCUCUCACCUGCCAGGGGGUGGGCGUCUCUGCAGUGACGUGGAGGGCAUCGUGGGGCUGGAGCAGGUGAGCAGCCUCGGGGAUGGUCCACCGGGCGGCCGCCCGCGCCGCGGGAUGUUCCGGACGGUGGGGCAGCUCUACAAGGAGUCCCUGAGUCGCCUGAUGGCCACGCUCAGCAAUACCAACCCCAGCUUCGUCCGCUGCAUCGUCCCCAAUCACGAGAAGAGGGCUGGAAAGCUGGAGCCACGGCUGGUGCUGGACCAGCUACGCUGCAACGGCGUCCUCGAGGGCAUCCGCAUCUGCCGCCAGGGCUUCCCCAACCGCAUCCUCUUCCAGGAGUUCCGGCAGCGGUACGAGAUCCUGACACCCAACGCCAUCCCCAAGGGCUUCAUGGACGGGAAGCAGGCCUGCGAGAAGAUGAUCCAGGCCCUGGAGCUGGACCCCAACCUGUACCGCGUGGGACAGAGUAAGAUCUUCUUCCGGGCAGGGGUCCUGGCCCAACUGGAAGAAGAACGGGACCUGAAGGUCACGGACAUUAUCGUGUCCUUCCAAGCUGCUGCUCGGGGAUAUCUGGCACGCAGGGCUUUCCAGAGGCGCCAGCAGCAGCAGAGCGCGCUGAGGGUGAUGCAGAGGAACUGCGCAGCCUACCUCAAGCUGCGACACUGGCAGUGGUGGCGGCUGUUCAUCAAGGUGAAGCCGCUGCUGCAGGUGACGCGGCAGGACGAGGUGCUGCAGGCGCGCGCCCAGGAGCUGCAGAAAGUGCAGGAGCUGCAGCAACAGAGCGCGCGCCAAGUUGGGGAGCUGCAGGACCGCGUGACGCAGCUGGAGGAGGAGCGCGCCCGCCUGGCCGAGCAGUUGCGGGCCGAAACCGAGCUGUGCGCGGAGGCGGAGGAGACGCGCGGGCGGCUGGCGACGCGCAAGCAGGAGCUGGAGCUGGUGGUGACCGAGCUGGAGGCCCGCAUGAGCGAGGAGGAGGAGUGCAGCCGCCAGCUGCAGGCCGAGAAGAGGAGGCUGCAGCUGCACAUACAGGAGCUGGAGACCCACCUGGAGGCUGAGGAGGGGGCGAGGCAGAAGCUGCAGCUGGAGAAGGUGACCACUGAGGCGAAGCUGAAGAAGUUUGAGGAGGACUUGCUGCUCCUGGAGGACCAGAACACCAAGCUGGGCAAGGAGCGGCGGCUUUUGGAGGAACGCCUGGCCGAGUUCUCCUCCCAGGCGGCAGAGGAGGAGGAGAAGAUCAAGAGCCUGAACAAGCUGCGGCUCAAAUACGAGGCCACCAUCGCAGACAUGGAGGACCGACUGCGGAAGGAGGAGAAGGGGCGCCAGGAGCUGGAGAAGCUGAAGCGGAGGCUGGACGGGGAGAGCUCGGAGCUGCAGGAGCAGAUGGCCGAGCAGCAGCAGCGCGCGGAGGAGCUGCGGGCCCAGCUGGGCCGCAAGGAGGAGGAGCUGCAGGCGGCGCUGGUCAGGGCCGAGGAGGAAGGCGGAGCCAGGGCCCAGCUGCUCAAGUCCCUUCGGGAGGCGCAGGCCGGCCUGGCCGAGGCCCAGGAAGACCUGGAGGCUGAGCGUGCAGCCAGGGCCAAGGCCGAGAAGCAGCGCCGAGACCUGAGCGAGGAGCUGGAGGCACUGCGUGGGGAGCUGGAGGACACGCUGGACUCCACGAAUGCACAGCAAGAGCUGCGGACCAAGAGGGAACAGGAGGUGACAGAACUGAAGAAGGCGCUGGAGGAGGAGACACGGCUUCAUGAGGUGGCCGUGCAGGAGCUGAGACAGCGGCAAGGCCAGGCGCUGGGGGAGCUGGUGGAGCAGCUGGAGCAGGCCCGACGGGGCAAAAGUGCAUGGGAGAAGACACGGCUGGCACUGGAGGCCGAGGUGUCCGAGCUGCGGACGGAGCUGAGCAACCUGCAGACCUCGCGCCAGGAGGGCGAGCAGAAGCGGCGGCGUCUGGAGUCGCAGCUGCAGGAAGUGCAGGGCCGGGCCGGUGACGGCGAGCGGGCGCGUGUGGAGGCCACGGAGAAGCUGCAGCGAGCGCAGGCCGAGCUGGAGACUGUGUCCGGGGCGCUGAGCGAGGCUGAGUCCAAAGCCAUCCGGCUGGGCAAGGAGCUGAGCAGCACGGAGGGGCAGCUGCAUGACACCCAGGAGCUGCUUCAGGAAGAGACCCGGGCGAAGCUGGCCCUGGGCUCCCGGGUGCGCGCGCUGGAGGCUGAGGCAGCGGGAUUGCGUGAGCAGAUGGAAGAGGAAGCCGCUGCCAGGGAGCGUGCUGGCCGUGAACUGCAGGCGGCCCAGGCCCAGCUCUCAGAGUGGAGGCGGCGCCAGGAGGAGGAGGCUGGGGCGCUGGAGGCAGGGGAGGAGGCCCGGCGCCGUGCUGCCAGGGAGGCUGAGGCCCUGGCCCAGCGCCUGACAGAGAAGACCGAGGCUGUGGAGCGGCUGGAGCGGGGCCGGCACCGCCUGCAACAAGAGCUGGACGACGUCACCGUGGACCUGGAGCAGCAGCGGCAGCUCGUGAGCACGCUGGAAAAGAAGCAGCGCAAGUUUGACCAGCUCCUGGCCGAGGAGAAGGCAGCCGUGCUGCGUGCAGUAGAGGAACGUGAGCGCGUGGAAGCCGAGGGCCGGGAGCGCGAGGCCCGGGCCCUGUCACUGACGCGGGCCCUGGAGGAGGAGCAGGAGGCCCGGGAGGAGCUGGAGCGCCAGAACCGGGCACUGCGGGCCGAGCUGGAGGCGCUGCUGAGCAGCAAGGACGACGUCGGCAAGAGCGUGCACGAGCUGGAACGAACCCGCAGGGUGGCAGAGCAGGCAGCCAACGACCUGCGGACACAGGUGACAGAACUGGAGGAUGAGCUGACCGCGGCGGAGGAUGCCAAGCUGCGCCUGGAGGUCACUGUGCAGGCCCUGAAGGCCCAACACGAGCGCGACCUGCAGGGCCGUGACGAGGCAGGCGAGGAGAGGCGGAGGCAGCUGGCCAAGCAGCUGAGGGAUGCAGAGGUGGAGCGCGACGAGGAGCGGAAGCAGCGCGCCCUGGCCGUGGCCGCCAGAAAGAAGCUGGAGACGGAGCUGGAGGAGUUGAAGGCGCAGACCGCGGCCGCGGGGCAGGGCAAGGAGGAGGCCGUGAAGCAGCUGCGCAAACUGCAGGUCCAGAUGAAGGAGCUGUGGCGGGAGGUGGAGGAGUCACGCACCUCCCGGGAGGAGAUCUUUGUCCAGAACCGAGAGAGUGAAAAGCGUCUCAAGAGUCUGGAAGCAGAGGUGCUGCGGCUGCAGGAGGAGCUCGCUGCCUCAGAUCGUGCGCGGCGCCAGGCACAGCAGGACCGAGAUGAAAUGGCCGACGAGAUGGCCAACGGCAGCCUUAGCAAGGCAGCCCUGCUGGAGGAGAAGCGGCAGCUGGAGGGCCGCCUGGGGCAGCUGGAGGAGGAGCUGGAGGAGGAGCAAAGCAACUCGGAGCUGCUCAAUGACCGCUACCGCAAACUGCUUCUGCAGGUGGACACCCUGACCACAGAGCUCUCUACAGAGCGCAGUUUCUCAGCCAAGGCAGAGAGUGGGCGGCAGCAGCUGGAGCGGCAGAUCCAGGAGCUCCGGGGGCACCUGGGUGAGGAGGAUGCUGGGGCCCGGGCCCGACAGAAGAUGACGAUCGCCACACUUGAGUCUAAGCUGUCCCAGGCUGAGGAACAGCUGGAGCAAGAGAGCAGGGAGCGCAUCCUCUCUGGCAAGCUGCUGCGCAGGGCGGAGAAGCGGCUGAAAGAGGUGGUCCUGCAGGUGGAGGAGGAGCGGAGAGUGGCCGACCAGCUCCGGGACCAGCUGGAGAAAGCGAACCUCCGAGUGAAGCAGCUAAAGCGGCAGCUGGAGGAGGCGGAGGAGGAGGCGUCCCGGGCCCAGGCCGGCCGCCGCCGGCUGCAGCGGGAGCUGGAGGACGUCACCGAGUCGGCCGAGUCCAUGAACCGCGAGGUGACCACGCUGAGGAACCGGCUCCGGCGCGGCCCGCUGACUUUCACCACGCGCACGGUGCGCCAGGUGUUCCGCCUGGAGGAGGGCGUGGUUUCCGACGAGGAGGGCGCGGAGGAGGCGGAGCCCGGCCCCGAGCCCGAGGGCCCCCCGCCUGCUCCCCAGCCCCAGUGACUCGCUGGCCCUGCCCCGCGCACUCGCCUCCGGCUGUUGCACUUUGGAAAGGACGCUGCCUGCAGAGACCCCACCCGCAGCCCCCUGAGACCUCCUGGCCUCUGCGGGCCCCAGCACAGGGAGGCGAAGAUGGGGCUCCUGUCGCUUGAAGGCAGGGUGACCCAGAGGGCGCCAGGGGCGGCGAAAUGAAAUAAACUGCAAUCCGAGUGGA